AUGGAUGGAGACGACGACGACGAUAGUAAAUUGUUCGAGCUCGACGACGACGACGACGACGACGACGACGACGAAGGUUUGGACGGGCCGGACCUCACCACCACCGCCAUGGAUAGUGGUCCGUUGGAAUCGGUGAAUCCACCGCCGCCAAAGGACAUAAUGAUCGGAGAGGAGGAGGGGGGCGAGGAGGAGGAGGGAAUGGGAAACCACCCAUACAACCCGAACGAUUGGGAGGAUAUGGUCGGUGAGCCCGAGGCCGAAGAUACGGAGACCAGGCGAGGCAACAACCAAGACAACGAAAACGGCGACAUCGACAUCGACAUCAGCAAAGAAGACGACCUGAACUCCCUGAUGGACUGCGGCCUCGAGGAAGUAGACGACCUCCUCAGCAUGAACGGGAGGUUGCGCGUCUCCGGUUCAGCUCACACACCCUCAGAAGAAGCAUCCAGGAACAACAAUCUCUCGACGUCAACAAUCGGGCCCUACACCGGCCAAACUGUAGCGCCACGUCACGGAACAGCUCCAACAGGCGGCGGCGUGGCGCAGCAAGGCGAUGCUGGCGUGCCGGCAUCCGGCUUACACCCGAAGGUAGAUAGCGCAAGAGGCACCGGUGCACAUGCGGCGAACAUCCUAAUGUCCUCAACGGCUCCUGCAGGAUUCGACAGGAGCUCUUUUCCCGCCAACCACCCGACCCCCCAUGUGUCGGAAUCAAUGCUUGGUGGAUCACCAACCGAGGGAUUGCUGAGGUGCAACAAUGAUACGGCUGCCAACAACAACAACGGCGAUGGCCACGACAACAACGCUGAUUGCAACGACAACACAUCGCCGAACGGCGACGAACACCUUGUACCAAAAAACGACGGUCCACAGUCCUAUUGCUACGACCCCCGACAAGAUGCGGCAGCACGCCGUGGCGGCGGCGGCGUGCGUCUCUUGUCUCCGCCUCGGCGACCCGCAAAGGAAACGGCCCCGUUCAUACGAGCGAAAGGUUUGACGCUAACGUACGCCCAAGCCAAACUUUUCGGCCUGGCAGGGUCCCCGCAGCUGGCAGAAGCACUCGCGAGCAAGGGUUUCAAGGCAGCUCGGAAAAAUAAAAGAGCGACCACCGGCAGCGAUACUCGCAUCUUCCCGGACGAGAACUUACAAGAUGGCCAAGGACUGCAACGGCAUCCACAACAAAGCCGCACCUAUUCUCCGUCGAGAAUGGAGCAUCUGGCUCGACCCGUUCCUGGGAAGGGACGAGCCGGCGGCGGCGAAACAACGCCAACACUAGAGAGGUCUCACGGUAGUCUGCAACAAGCGGGGCAACGGGGCGGAGGAGGGGAAGAGGCAAGCUUUACAUGGAAGCGGUCAAAAAAAGCGGAGGCCGCCAUGAGGCAGGUGCACAACGCCAACGGUCCGAGACGAGGAUGGAAACAGUGCGAAAUUGGCGAAAAUAUUACGCGAACCCUUGUCAAGGAGUUGCACACCACGUUUCCCGUCGCCGUCAGAGAUCCAGCGUGCGGCUACGAUUUUGUCCGGGAAGCCGGGUAUAAUACGGAGGGGUUUCUAGGCAGGGUUGAGGCGUACGCUUCCUACAGCAGGCAGAAGCUCGAAACUCGGCGAGGGGAAGACCUCUACGCUUCACGAGUUGACAAGCUCGAGUGCCCACGGUGCCACAACCCUCAGUCUUACGAUGAGUUCGUGAGCAAAAAGCUCAAGUGCGGCGGGUGCGAGGUGCCGUAUUGCAUGCCCCGGACGUGGAAUCGAAGGGUCUGGGAUCAUAGGAACGAAUUGUGGGUGAAAUUUUUUUCAUGUUUCCGAAGGGUUCUGGGAUACACAUCUCCGCGGAAACCGACGUCGUGUGGGUUAGAGUUUUGCAAUCCUGGUCUAGAUUCCGACGUCGGUUGA